AUGCCUUACACUCCUCCGAUACGGCACUCCUCCUCUCCCUCGUCCUCUUCUUCCUCAGCCUCCUCUUACUCUUAUUCUACUCCUCCAUCACCUGCUUCCUCCUUUUCCUCUUCAGCCGUCUCUGUCGACGCCAAUCGAACCCCUGAGCGGUCGUUACCCAUUCCGUCAGCCCCACACCAUGCUCUGCACACACUUACAUUCCUCUGUGCCGAAGCAAUGGGUGCAAGGACCCUGCAGGACACGCACACGGAGAAAAGCAAUGUGGCCGCCGGGGCGCCGAUCACGCCCCCGCCAAGACAGGUAGUCAAGCACCAGUACCGGGGUAUCACGACAAUCACCCCCGCUUCCAUCAACCAAGAUCGACAUUUCCUGGGCAGGAAGGACAAGACAUCAACAGAGUUGCGGCAACUCGCCAAUUGGCUUUUGCAUUCCAACUGCUCGCAAGCAGGUGUUGGCUUCGACGUGAAAGACCAGAAAACCUCAAGUGACGAUUGCUGGUCGAGCUUCAGCACGGGGGUCUUGGGCCGCAGGCUCAGGGCGAGCCAAGGUGGCUGCGGAGGAGGACUGUUGCCGGCUCACUUCAUAGGGGAACAUCAGUCCUUCCCUUCCAACAGCCAGGACAAGGUCGAUCAAUGGAGAGGAGCGAGGGAGCGUAGGAAAUUCACGGAUCCAGUCCGCCCCGCCAUUCAUCCUUGUGUCCAUCGGCGGAGUGCAAGCGCCCCCACCUCCCCCAAGGCGGUUCAUUUCGGUCCAGUAUUGGAGGACGUACGCUUCUUCAACCAAGCCGAGCGUCCUAUAGCGGUGAGUGCAGGUUCCUCGCCUAUAAUGGACCGCUCAUCUUGCCACUUCUCGUUGCUCCCACAGGAGCUGGGCCCGUACGAGUGGGAGCUCUCCACACCCAACUUGCCUCGCUCUCGCGUGUCUCAAGAGACCGCACCUGUCAGACUGUAUCGUGUCUACCUUUCCAAUGACAGCAUGAAUCUCUUAGGCACUGUCGUGGUGGCCAAUCUUGCCUACCACAAGUCUGUUGUGUGUCGAUUCACCAUGGACUUCUGGAAUACCAUCUCUGAAGUUACGGCGCAGCAUUGCCGCGAGAUUGAAGGUUAUGACGUAUUCAAGUUUACAGUUGGGCUGGCGGAACUGGUAGAUCUUGAGAUGAAGCCCAUGUUCCUUUGCGUUCGAUAUAAUGUAAACGGUCAGGAGUUCUGGGAUAACAAUUCUAGUCUGAACGUUCAGCUAGACUUUAGAAAAAGGCCCUUGCGUUAG